AUGGUAAAUGCAAACGAGUGGUUAAAUAGAGUGAUUUCGACGAGUAAAAAAAGAGAACAAGCAACAACUCUUAGCGUAUAUCGAGGUGAUAGAGUUGGUGUAUGUUGGCGGAGUUAUAGGGAUGCACCAGUUGAAUAUUUUGAUGGAAAUCAAAACAACUGUUUAAUAGCUCCAAAUUAUUGCUUUUAUAAUGUCGGUUUGGAAGGAGAGUUAGAUCUUAACGAUUUUGUUAGUUUGCAAGAGUUACGGAUCGAAGGCACAGCGCAGCAGCAACAAAAGUUAACUAGUUUGAAGAUUGAUAAAUGCAUUGUAUUGACUAAAAUUACGAUCAAUUAUACUACACUUGGUAGUUUAAGUUUAGGUAGUAAACCAAGAUUGCAACAAACUAAUUUCGUUGGCAACAAACGACUCAUUUUUCGUGACAUUGCAUUGAAAGAUCAGAUAGAAACAUUAACCAGUUUGAUCCUACCCGCUAAAAGUGUUAGCCUUAAUGAUUUAAAAUUGGUGGAUAAGAAAAUCAAAGAGGAAAGAUUAGAUUACCAUUUACAAGUCAUUAAAAGUAGUUUUGAUGAAAAUAAUCAGUUGUGGCUAGAAAGUUUAGUAGAUGCACAACAAGAAGUUUUGAAAAAUAACAGCAAGUUUGCACGUAAACAGUUAGAAAAAUGUAAAAAAAAAUUAUUGGAGGCGUUGACUGCUGAAGAAAUUCAGGAUAUUUUAAACAAAAAAAUAGAAAUUAAUGAAUUGGAAGUUCAAUUAAAUAAUCUUAACAAAUUUCUAUUAAGAGAUCGUCAUUAA